UGAAAUCUGAAAGCUCGUGAGAAGAGAUAAUUUUUGUUUUAGCCUUGUGUUUUGAAAGACAGUUAUGGAACAACCUGUAAUUUAUGAACCAAAAAGGGCGAACGAAGAAGGUCAUCGGGUGUCCCAUGCAAUAUUUAAAAACUAUGGCAGCACCAAAUUUGAUUGUCUUGGAGUAUGGCAACAUUUCAAAGUUGUUGUGGUUGUCGGGUGUCCCAUGCAAUAUUUAAAAACUAUGGCAGCACCAAAUUUGAUUGUCUCGGAAUAUGGCAACAUUUCAAAGUUGUUGUGGUUGUCGGGUGUCCCAUGCAAUAUUUAAAAACUAUGGCAGCACCAAAUUUGAUUGUCUCGGAAUAUGGCAACAUUUCAAAGUUGUUGUGUGGGCUAUUGGCAGCCACCCGUUGAUUUGGAAGCAGCCAAUGCAGUCCAGUCUCUGCUGGACGAAUCCAAGCAAGAAAUGUCGGAAAGGGACAUAACUUCUGCUGAGGAUGUGGACGGGGAUAGUGGGAUGACAGAAAAAGAUGGUGAGAAUGCCAUAAGUUACAGCUCCAAACAUCCGGCGAUGCACCUGAAUGAACUGAGGUCUGGCUUGAAGUAUGAAUUCAAAGGAGAGAACGGAGAAGGCAAGGAGAAAAUCUUUGAGAUCUCUGUUGUAGUGGAUGAAGAAGAGUUCGUUGGCCAGGGACCCAACAAGAAGAUUGCCAAGCUGGAGGCAGCGAAAACCGUUCUUGAGAAGAAGUUCAACAUUAUCUAUGAUCCGGAGGCAGCUGGAGCUGUCACAAAACUGAAGAAGAAACAGAAGCGGAAGGCGAGCACUGGGAUCGAGACUGAGCUUGUUGAGGCCGAUGAGGACACUGACGGUGAUGAGACAAUGUUAGGCAAACGUCGAGCGUUUCCGCCCAACGGCAUCGGCGCCAAGCGGCGCAAACACGGGCCGCCAUGUCCGAAAAACGCCCUGAUGCAGCUCAACGAAAUCAAGCCAGGACUCUCCUUCACAUUCGUCGCUCAGACGGGGCCGGUCCAUGCUCCCAUAUUCAAGAUGUCUGUCGAGGUGAACGGAGAGGUGUUUGAAGGCGAAGCGCGGACCAAGAAGUUAGCGAAGCUGAUGGCGGCCGAAAAGGCUCUCCGAUCGUUCGUCCAGUUCCCGAACGCGGCGGAGGCACAACAGGCGAUGGGGAGACCGAUCGUAAACGCGGACUUCACGUCGGAUAACGCUGAUAUCGAUAUUAAUUUAUUCAACGAUUUCGAGGGAAAGGAGAAGGCCGAGAACACGGAAACGACGAGCGUGACGAACGGUUCGGGUUUCCCGCCGAGCCGGAAGUCGGCUGUUCCGAAGGAACCGACGGGGAAGAAUCCAGUUAUGAUUCUCAACGAACUUCGACCGGGGCUGAAGUACGAGUUUGUGUCGGAAACGGGGGAGAGUCAUUCCAAGUGCUUCACGAUGUCGGUCACAGUGGACGGGACCAAGUUCGAGGGAUCGGGACGCAACAAGAAGGUCGCCAAGUCACGAGCUGCACAGGCGGCGCUAACGAAGAUUUUUAAUCUGGAUUUCUGUCUUUCACAGAGUAAUAUGCCAGUGCCCAGAGAAGGUGCGCUACAGGUGCCGCAGAUUUUAUCAGACAUUGUCGCAAAACUUGUGAUCGAAAAAUUCAGCGAGCUCACCAACAACUUCUCCAGCCAGUACGCACGGCGGAAAGUCCUCGCAGGGAUCGUCAUGACGACGGGACCGGACGCCGAAAAUGCUCAGGUCAUCUGCGUUUCUACGGGAACAAAAUGCGUCAACGGCGAGCACAUGAGCGAGAGGGGCAAGGCGGUAAACGACUGCCACGCGGAGAUCGUCAGUCGCAGGUCCGUGCUCCGAUUCCUCUACCAGCAACUCGAACUUCACCUCUCCGAAGACUCAGAGGUUGCAGCGACCUCCAUCUUCGUCAAGAAGUCCGAGGGUGGCUUCGCAUUGAAGGAGAACAUUCAGUUCCACCUGUACAUCAGCACGGCGCCCUGCGGUGAUGCCCGGAUAUUCUCGCCCCACGAGAAGGACGCAGAAUCAGCCGAUAAACACCCGAACAGGAAGGCCCGGGGCCAGCUAAGGACGAAGAUCGAGUCGGGGGAGGGCACGAUUCCGGUGAAAACCUCGGGGUCGGUGCAGACGUGGGACGGAAUCCUGCAGGGAGAGAGGCUGCUGACGAUGUCGUGCAGUGACAAGAUCGCGCGGUGGAAUGUUCUCGGUAUUCAAGGUGCUCUGUUGAGCCACUUCAUCGAGCCCAUCUACUUCGACAGCAUCGUCAUCGGCAGCCUGUACCACGGCGACCACCUGGCCCGCGCCGUCUACAACCGCACCAACGGCGUGGAUGACAUCCGCAUGCCGUACUACGUGAGCCGGCCCUACCUCAGCGGCAUCAGCAACCCGGAGAGCAGACAGCCGGGGAAGGCGCCCAACUUCAGCGUCAACUGGUGCGUGGGCGACAACGACCUCGAAGUCGUCAACGCGAUGACGGGCAAGCUGGAGAAUGGCGGCACCUCGCGGCUCUGCAAGCAGGCGCUCUUCCAGCUGUUCUACCGGCUGUAUGGCCAGUUGCCAUCGCUGACGAGCCAGAGUGUGGCGGCGAAGCCGGUGAUGUAUUCGGAGGCGAAGGCGGCGAACAUCGACUACCAGCUGAUGAAGCAGGCGCUGUACAAGGCAUUCCAGAAGAACCUGCUCGGAGUCUGGGUGAUGAAACCCGUCGACCAGGACGAGUUCCCUGUCGAGACGCAGUGACGAUGAUGAUGAUCGUCAUCAGCGAUUUUACUCUCGUGAUUUUAAUUACAGCUACAGCAAAUCGACAUUGUAAGAGGGAUGGGUGAGGGGGGAGGGAGGGAGAUAUUGGAGUAAGAGCCACAGGAAUAUUGAUCACUUACCACUGCAAGAAAUUGAGAUUUAAGUGAGGGGUGGGGUGUUAUUGCAGAGAUCAGUAAAGGGGUUGGGGGGAAGGGGAAGGGUAUCGAUGCAAGUUGCCUGUCGAGAUGCAGUUUAAUUACAAGAAAUUGACAUUGUAAGCGGGGGCAGGAGUGUUAUUGUGGGUGGUAUCGAAGCAAGUUCCGUGGAGACACAGUGAUGCUGAUCAUCCAGUAUUUUCUCUCUUGGUUUAAUUACAUUUAAGUUGGGGGUGGAGGUGUUGUGGGGGUGGGGGUGUUAUUGUGGGGUAUAUCGAAGCAUGUUCCCCAUCCAGAUGCAGUGAUGCUGUUCAUCAAGGAUUUUCUCUCCUGGGUUAAUUACAUUGUAAGUUGAUGGUGGGGGUGUUGUGGGGGUGGGGGUGUUAUUGUGGAGGGUAUCAAAGCAUGUUCCCCAUGGAGAUGCAGGGAUGACGCUCAUCACCACUGGGUUAAUUAUUACAACUACAGCAAACUGUUAGAGGAAAUUGUAAAUGGGGACGGGAGGGGAGGGAAGGGAAGGGUUGGGGAGGGAAUGUUGUGUGAGUUUCCUAUGGAACCUCAGUUACAGAUACAUGUAUAUUGACCGUUGCAGUUUAUGAUUUCAGUGGGAGAAAGAAAGUGGGAGUCUGCUAAUUUAAAAACUAAACAUUAUGACGGUAAUAAUUUGUAUCCAGCAGCAAGCAAUUGCUGUCUGGGCCAUUGUUAAUUUCGAGCCCUGCUACAUGCACACCCUAUUUCAAUGCAGUUCUUUGUAAUUUGGCCAGUAGAUAAUUUUUUAAAACUUAUUUCUAGUUCAUACAUAUGACAAAAUAUGUUAUCAAUAAAACUUUAAAUAUUGUUGUUCUAUAAUUAUACCGUCAAAAAAUCUAUAAUGAAUUGCUUUAAAAUAACAUCAGUUUAAUAUUGUAAAACUUGAGUUCUUUAAGUGUAUAAUUAUAAAGUGGCGGUAGAAUUAACAAGUAAAACAAAUCACCAGGGAGGGUUGGAGUGGGGGGUGGGGGGUAGUGGAGAUGGGGGGAAAGUGCACAGUAAGUUAAAAUAUGUAGAUAAUAAGGAUCGGGAAAGAUGACUGACAGCAUUGUUGGCAAACUGUUGUCCAGUCUUCUAAUUGUACAAAUUUGUCUGUUUUUCAUGUAUCAUUUUUUUUAAUUACAAUCAUCAUUAAAAUUUAUAAUUAUUACUUUUAACACAAUUAAAAUCACUGUAUGUGUGAUUUGUAAGUUUGUGAUUUACUACUUACAUGUAGAGUUAUUAUGUGUGUGUGAAUGUUUUUAAUCAUUGAACUUGUUCCUUUAACAAAUAUAUAUACGGACUUUAUUUUCAUGGACAGGUUAUGGCAGGAUGGUACUCCGGCUGCAAGAGUUACCUCCCAUUGUCCAUUUCUGUUUUAUGAAUUCAGAACGAUUACAUGCAUUGUGUUUUAUUUGUUCUUAUGCUCAAUGAGUAACUGAAUUUGUUUUGUGUUAUUUGUUUUUUUUAAUAGUAUUACUUGGCUGUUUGAAAAGGGGGUGAUGAGCCCCCAAUUGUUUUUAAUAAAAGCAUUAAAUGGACUAUCUAUAGUCUGUAGCCAUAGUAACACCAGCAGCAAGGGAUCUUUUACAUGGAUUUCCCCCCACAAGUGGGAUAACACAUACCACAAUCUUUGAUAUACCAGUAGUGAGGCACUGGUUGGAAUGGGGGAAAUUUUUUAAAAUUCAAAUUGUUAUUCAAAUUUUAAGCUGAUUCUUUUGUAAUGCUAAACAGAUUUGUGGAUUAGUGAUACCAGUGAAUAAACUAUUUAAAAGAACAAAAACUCAACAAAAACAAGGUGUCCCCUCCAGUAGUGUAAAAAUGAGGGAGGGUCAGGGUGUGUGGACAUUUACUCGCAGGGAGGAUCCUAACCCACACAGGAGAGGAAUAUUUUAACACCACACAUUUUAAAUUACAGCUGUUUGGUGUCUUAACAUUUUCACUUAUUUCGACUAAUUAAUAUUCGUAUGUUACACUGUGUACCGCCCGGUAGUAGUACCGGUACUGUAAUAAAUGGUUUCAGUCCAACAAGUUUUGUGAUUAGUUUUUUCAUCUUUUAAAUGUUUACAGUCGAUAAGGAUUAUUUUGCUUUAGUACUUUAACUUUUUUUCUUCUUUUUUUUUUUAAAUGUUUGUAUUACAAUAAAAGUAGAUUACUUUUGAUUGAUAGUUUCAGUGUGUGACUGAAAUAAAGAAAAUUUAAUACAUAAA